GCGGUGCCAGAUGUCACGGCGCUGGAGCAGAGGAGGAGCUGUGCGUCUGAACAGACGCUCUGUGUGCUCCUGCCUGCGGCCUCCUGCGGCUCAGAAGCGCCGGGACACGGAGGAGGUGCCGCUGAUCGACUCCAGCUGUGCGGAGAGCUGUGGAGAGUUGGGACAGUCAUUUGCAUUGCAAAGUAAUCUGCAGCGACAGAGACGGAACAGGCCGCUGUGGGAACACUUCCCCUCAGCAGUUGGUGCGCGCGGACAGCUAAUGAAAACCUGGUGCUCGCGUAAAGGCGCGUAGUGGAGGGGGCUCUGUGUGCCCUGCUGGAGAGAGGCGAAGGGAACUCGAGAACGAACGGGUCGUCUCGUGUUUGAAGGAAACUUUAUAGAAGCCAAAACAAACUGUUGAAAUGCGUGGCUUCAGAUUAUGCUCCUCCAAGAGGAUGUUGGCAGCUUUGGUAUUUAUUCUACUUUUUAUUCACCCCGGGCACGGACAGACUUGUUCGGAGGGCUUUGCCUAUGACAGAAGGGGUCGACAGUGCAUAGAUGUGGACGAGUGCCGCGUAAUCCCGGAUGCGUGCAGAGGAGACAUGCGCUGCGUCAACCAGAACGGAGGAUAUCUGUGCCUCCCGCGGGGUCUGUACAGCCAGCCCUACAGACCCGAGGUCCCCGCGCUGCCCGAGCCGUACCCCGACACUGGAGUGGGGGCAGGGGGGUACCCAGAUGUCUCCGGUGGGGCGGGAGCUUACCCCGAGAGCUUCGUGCCCGGUCCACCCCGGUCUGUGGAGCCCAGCUACCCCCGCGUCAGGGGCACAGCUCCCUGCAUUUUAGGAUACACUCUGGCAGAGGACGGCACCUGCAACGAUAUUGAUGAGUGUGAGACCAACUCGCACCACUGUAAUCCCACUCAGGUGUGCAUCAACACGGCCGGAGGAUACACCUGCUCCUGCACCGAGGGCUACUGGCUCAUCGGGGGGCAGUGCCAUGAUAUUGAUGAAUGUCGCUAUGGUUACUGCCAGCAGCUGUGUGCCAAUGUGGCGGGGUCCUACUCCUGCUCCUGUAACCCGGGGUUUGUGCUCAACCCAGACGGACGCACGUGUCAAGAUGUGGAUGAGUGUGAGGAGGAGCCGUGCAGUCAUGGCUGCCUCAACACUUACGGUUCAUUUAUGUGCAACUGUGACGAGGGUUUUGAGCUGGCUGCCGACGGGACCACCUGCAUGGACCUGGAUGAAUGCAGUUUCUCUGAGUUUCUUUGUCAGAACAGAUGUGUGAACACUCCGGGCUCCUUCACCUGCAUCUGUCCUCCCGGGUACUACGUUUACGAGGAUGGCAGGAGCUGUGAAGAUUAUAAUGAAUGUGAAACUGGAAACAACACGUGUACAGUGAACCAAGUGUGUUUCAACUACCAGGGAGGCUUCACCUGUCUGGACCCGUUACAAUGUCCACUACCUUACGUCGAAGUCAGCGACAAUCAGUGCAUGUGCGCCGCUGAGAACCCCCAGUGCAGAGACAAACCAUUCACCAUCCUGUAUCGCCACAUGGACCUGUCCUCUGGCCGCUCCGUCCCCGCAGACAUAUUCCAGAUGCAGGCCACCACGCGGUAUCCGGGCGCCUUCUACAUCUUCCAGAUAAAGUCCGGCAACGAUGGACGGGAGUUUUACAUGAGGCAAACCAGUAAUGUAAGUGCAACGCUGGUUCUGACGAGACCAAUCAAAGGCCCUAAAGUCGUGGUUUUGGAUUUGGAGAUGGUCACCGUCAACAAUGUGAUAAACUUCAGAGGCAGCUCCAUCAUCCGCCUGACCAUAUACGUGUCCGAGCACCCGUUCUAAGCAGCACCCAAUGAGAACACCCACUGUGAUCACCCGCUGUGAGGUCGGGUUACUCUAAUGGACCGCAUCACUCUCCCCUUUUACAAAGCCUUCGUCACGAUUCGCCUGAAGUAGCUAUUGGUGUCGGUAACAUUACGUCACUUCUGUGUUUUAAAAUUAUGUCAUUUCUCCUGUACUGGGAAAAGCGAUGACAAAAAAUCACCCUUUUUAUAUGGACACUUUUCUUAUUGUUGAAAAUGUGGACUGUUUACAUAGGAAUAUUUAUAUACAAAUUAUAAUACAUAACCAGCUUUACUCAAAUUGCACUUAUGGUUUAUGAAAUGUUCCCAGUUUAUUUUAAAAUUCAAUCGGAUAUGCAAAGAUGUAACACAAUCAAACAUUUUCUGAAUAUUCGAUCACACAAAAUAAAUGUCUUCAC